AUUGGUAGAGCUCUUGGUGUUGUGGCAAAAUGCAAACUGAAGCCAUGAAGUAUUCAAUUGAGCUAUUUGAUGGCAAGAAUGACUUUGCUCCAUGGCAAAGCAUUGUGAAGGAUGUCCUUACUUGUCAAGGACUUGAUGCAGCUUUAGAAGAGACCAAGCCGGCUGAGAUGAAGGAUAGUGAUUUGAGUACUAUCCAAAAGAAGGCAGCAAGUCAAAUUCGACUGGCGUUUGCACCGGAGGUGAAAUACAACGUCCUUUCAGAGACUACUCCAAUAGGCAUGUGCAAGAAGCUUGAAGAGAUAUAUGCUUCAAAAUCUUUAACCAAUCGGCUGUGUUUAAAGAUGAAGCUAUAUCAAUUGAAGAUGGCAGAAGGCACAAAUAUUCAUAAGCACUUAUCUGAUUUCAACAUGAUGAUGACACAAGUAGUGAAUGUCGGGGACAUUCUAGAAAAAGAGGAGAAGACCUUGCUUUUACUUGCAUCCUUGCCAAAGUCUUACAAGUCGCUAGUGCAGAGUAUGCUAGUGGGUAAGACUAUUUUGGUGAUGAAAGAUGUCACAUCCAUAUUGUUGGAGAAUGAUAAGUUUCUUGGGGAGGAUGAUGGUGCCAAUCAAACUAAUGCUUUGGUGAUGGAGCACUCUCGGGGAAGAUCCAAUGGACGUGGAGGUGGAGGAAAUCAAGAAAGGUCGAAAUCCAGACCUAAGAAGGAUUAUGGUGAAGUGCAGUGUUUUUAUUGUGGUGAGUUGGGUCACAAACAGUAUAAAUGCCCGAAGUUUAAGGAGGAUUCUUCUAAUAUGAAAAUAUUGAUGAAAAGUCAAGAAACCAAGGGCAAGGGGGAGGUUAAUAUUGUUGAAGAGAAUGUGGUUGAAGUAUUAGCUUGUGAAGAGUGUGAUCCUGAGGUGGAGCAAAACAAUCAAAGGUGGAUUUUGGACUCUGCUGCAACCAUGCAUGUGUGCAAAAAUCCUUCGGAAUUUGGGAGUUUGGUUUGGGUGGAGUUUGGCAAAAUAACGGUGGCUACCGGUGAGAAGGUGAAUAUUGAAGGCAUAGGAGAUGUUCGUCUCAAUGUUCACAAUGGGAGAGCCAAGAUUCUCAAGAAUCGAGAAUGGUGCAAGGUCUACAAAGGUGGGAGACUUGUUCUGCGUGGAAGGAAGAACAAGCACAACAUCUAUGUGCUUGAGCAACAUCCCGAGCGAAGGCUUAACAAGAUCAUGAGGAAGAUGGUUUGGAAGCCUAAAGGGAUCUUGGUAGAUGGCAAGGAAAUUAAUAAGACCAAGAAGAAAGUGAGCUUCAAUAAUGAAGUGGUAUUUGAUGAUGGUUCGAGGAGGAGGAAACUUUCAAAAAUAGAACACCAUGAUAAAGUGCUCUUGAGCAGAGGGAGCUUGAGUCAUGGUUGGUUUCUCCUCCCAUGGGGUUGGAGGGGGAGAUUGUUGGAAGAAAGUCCAAUCCCAUACAUAUUGCAUGUUGACCCAUUUAAUGGGCAAAGAAAAUCUUGGCCGGGUGGUAAUGAGGCAAAGAAAAAUGGUGCAUGGAUAGUUGGAUUUUUCACUAUAAAUACCCAUGCAUGCAAAGGCAAUGGGCAAGCAAGAGUAGGAGAAAGCAAGAGAAAUUGAGGGAGAGCUCUUGUGAGAGAAAAGAAAGAGAGAAAUUGUGAGAAAUCCUUGUGUAGAUUAAGAGAGAGUAUUAGGGAGAAUUUGGGAGCUUCUAUAGAUUAAAACUAGGGGUUCAGA